UGUCUUUAAAGGUCCUUCGACUCAAUGCUAAUUCAAUGUUGAUUUACGAUGUCCAGCAGAAUUCAAACUGUCAAGAACCGGGGGUGUGCAGAGAAAAAUUUGACGCUUUGUUAUUUAUUACCAAAUAUACAGAGUUGUCUCAGCCAUUUCGCCUGACUUAGUCUAUUUCUGAGGUGAUAUUUUGCGCAAAACAUCAACAACGGCAAAUAAAUAAAUUUCCAUCACACAGGAAGUUCUAUCUCAGAUCUUCCGUUCUUCAAUUCUCAAGACAACCCAUUUUCAGGGCGGCUUAUCGCAACCGCGGUUGUGGUCAUAGACAACUAAGGGGCGAAAAUUUCAUACUAGCUUUGGUUUAGGAGAGAAAAGAUUUGCAAACAGAGUAGGGAAAACAUGUAGAUUUGGAAAACCCUACUUCUGAGAAAAUUAUUUAUUGCGCGCUCGGCAGUCAUCCGGCAUAUGCAGGUCGGUCACAUGACCAAUAAAUUCUCCUGUUUUGCUAUAACUUCCGCAAUGGUAUAAAAGUCAUCAUUUAAGGCGAGCGACCGUCAAGUUGCGAGCACGCACCGAAGAUGUUGAGGUAAUAAGGAAAAUUAAGGAAAGACAUACAACUUCAAUGGAACACUGCAAAGAUGCGAAAGGAAAGAGCGCCGAACGCGAAUUAGAGAGGACAAACGCGUACGUACUGUCACUUCUCAAAGAUAAACGGCGACUGAACGCCGAGCUGGACAGCGAGCGUAAGUUAUCAAGGAAGUUGAAAGAAGAAUGUUGUGAUUUAAGAAGAAGACUUAGGGAAAGCGAGAUAACAGGGAACGAGUCAGCCGCUUGCUCUAAUGUUAAUUCCCUCGCUAGUGCGAGCGAAGAAAGUAGAGCGGAAGAUCUCGCGGCGAAAAUCGAAUCUCUCGAGAACAGUUUGCGUGAGUCGCGCGCGCAGAUUAUUACUCUGGAAGAUCACAAAACAGUGUUAGAAUCGGAGAUACUGCGACUAGCAGAGGCGCUUGGAAAGGAUGAUUCGAACUCUGAUUUGGAACUUUACAUCGAACAGCUAAGUAUUUACGAAGCUGACUUCGAGAAAGAGAGAAAGGACAAAGAAAAAGCGGAGACUAGAGUUUCCGCUCUUGCUGAUCAAAUCACUGACUGCCAAGAGCUCAUAUCGACACUUACCCGUGAAGUGGACUUAUAUAAGAACGCAUUCGAGCGAGAAAGGAAGGAUAAAGAAAUGGUGUUAAUGCGUGAGAGAAAAGAAGGGAGAGCGCUUAACCUACCUACUUACUCGCAAGCGGGGCUGCCAAACUUUCCUGGAAAUGUUAAUGAUCAAACGAGGCUUGCGUUACCUGUGCCAGCCCCUCAUUUGCAAGUAGUCUACCCAAUAGUAGACUCGGUAUUACAGCAAGAAGACUCUAAGCGAAAGCGGGAACUUCAUCGCAGAGGGGUACUCACAAGAGAUACCCCUGAGAAUCCUGAAACGACGGAUUUUUUCUGCGAGAGCUGAUUUAGCGUUCAUACGUGUGUGAGAUAUUUUGCAUUUUAAUAUUACUAGUCUGUCAACAAUUAUGCUUAAGACUUCCUCGAUCUUAGCAUAGUUUCGUCAUGUCAUAUAGCCGACCCGCAGAGGAAAUUGGAAAGCAGAAGAGUAAUAUUAAAUAGGGUAACUGCAAGGUGUUACGAACCUCAAAUACAUUAUUUUACAGUUAUUGUAUGCCAGAGAGCGAAAAGCUCAGCUGCUUAGAAAUUGCUUCACAAUUGUAAGUAUAUAACCAGUGGAGCCAACCGCGGAAGAUGAUGGGGUUUAUUGAACUUGUAAAUUUGCAUAAUAAUCUACUUCAGGCACUUUGCAAGAGAUGUAAAAAUCACGAAAAAUAUCGUUUGCGCGAUUGAAAAUACGGCAAAUCAAUAAAAAAUAGAAAUUGCUGUGGGGAAAAAA